AUGUUUGUUUCGUGGCGAUGCACCUUUGACCGACGGCUCGACAACUCGACAUCCGGCAAGGCGGAGCGAGGACGACGCGACAACAGCCCACAAACGCGGCUCUGCCCCAACAACAUUGCGAAUCGGAGUCGGCGUUCGUUCGGGGAAAUCGCAUCUGCACAGGUUUUUGUGGACUCCCUGGUAAGCUAUUCACGGUUAUGCACGUCUGCGAUGCCCCUGGCGUCCACUCUGCCCAACAGCAUGGCCAGCCUUCUUGCAGCGACCGGGUGCGUGCGAGGCCCGCCGUUCGAGGGCCGUGCCCGCAGGCCUGUCACGGUGGCGAGCGGUGUGAGCGACCCAUUCACCCUCUCUCUCCCGAUGGACGACGUGCUUUUGCCGCCCACUGAGGGCAGACAUGGGGCUUCCAAGGGAGUCCAGCGGCCGGAUCAGAGAGAUUCUCACUUGUCGGUACCACCAGCGGGCUUCGGCGAGCGGCUUUCUUCUGUUGCCAGCCAACUGUCCGGCAUGCUACCGUUUGGCCAUGCUCAAAGCAGGGCAGAACGGCGGCUGCUUCAGCUGAAGAAUGAGCAGCGGCAGCUUCUCCAGCAACGCAUAGAGAGUGCUGAGACGUACGAGGAGUGGGAGGCAGCAGCACGGCAACUGGACAAGCUGGAGCAGCACGACGCGUGGAAAAGACGCGACAACGACAGCGACAUUAGCAGCGACAGCGAGGAGCUGUACAACCCGCAGGUGGUGGCAGCACGGCUGCAGGAGCUGGAGACGGCGCUGGCAUCGGGGGACAUGCGGCAGAUGCUGCACUUGGUGCGGACGGCGCUCUCGCGCAAUGUGGGAGGGAUCAGCAGCGGGGGGCUGUACCGACAGGCAAACACGGGGACAAAGCAGCUGGUGGAGCGAUACGUGCAAGCAUCGGUGGCGCUGGUGGAGGCGGUGGCAGAGCGCAGCCGCAGCGCCAAGGGCGGACUUCCGGCAGGGCUGACACACGGGGCGAUGCUGGAGCAGCUGCUGCUGGCGCGAACGAGUUACGGACGCAGCGCGCUGGUGCUGAGCGGCGGGUCGGUGUACGGGAUGGCACACAUUGGAGUGCUCAAGGCGCUGUUUGAGCGGCGACUGCUGCCACGGAUCAUCUCAGGGACUUCGGCAGGGUCGAUUGUGGCAGCAGUGGUGUGCACGCGGACAGACGAGGAGAUGCCAGGGAUGCUGAGCGCGUUUGCACAAGGCGACCUGGCCGUGUUCACAGACAAAGACCAUCCGGACUCAUGGCUGACGCAUAUUGGACGGGUGCUGCGAUUUGGGACGUGGCACGACAGCCGACACCUGUCGCGGGUAAUGCGCGGGAUCCUGGGCGACAUGACGUUCCAGGAGGCCUUUAAUCGGACGCGGCGGAUCCUCAACAUCACGGUGUCAUCGCGGCCAGGACUACAGCUGCCAUCGCUGCUCAACUACCUGACGGCACCGGACGUGAUGGUAUGGUCGGCGGUGGUGGCAUCGUGCUCAAUCCCGGGUGUGUUUGACCCUCGGCCUCUGCUGGUGCGCGACGGCGACUCGGGCGAGCACGUGCCAUGGGAUCCGGCCGAGCAGUUGUGGAUUGACGGGUCGCUGGACAAUGACGUGCCGGUCGAGCGGCUGGGCGAGAUGCUCAACGUCAACCACUUUAUCGUGUCGCAGACGAACCCGCACAUUGUCCUGCUGGUGGACCGGGAGGGGAGACGACGACGAGACGUGGCGUCGGCAUAUGCGCCGGUGCGGUCGUCGGUCGGCCGGCUGCUGCACACGGCCGGCUGGCUGGGCAAGUCAGAGGCGAUAUACUGUCUAGAGUCGCUGGUCGACCUCGGCGUCUUCCGCGACAGCCUGAGCAUGGCGGUGCAGAUGCUGAGCCAAAAGUACACGGCCGACAUCAACAUCCUGCCGCGCAUGAGCCUUGCGUGGGGCAGCCACCUGAUCCGCAACCCGACGGCCGAGUUCAUGCUGGAGGCCUGUCGGGUGGGCGAGCUGGCGACGUGGCCGAGCAUCUGCCGAAUCCAGCAGACGUGUGCGGUGGAGCUGGCGCUGGACCGGGCGGUGUAUCAGCUGCGGGAGCGCAUUGCCUUUGGGAGCAGCCAGGUGAAUCUGCGGCGGUUUUUUGCCGGGAGCCACCAGCUGCAGGUGAGUGGAAGUGGGAGUGAAGGGAGCGAGGGAGAUCAGAGAGGCCGUGCUUUUGGUCUGCGAAGGAGUCAGUCGGGCGUGGCGCUGAUGCACGACGACGUGGUCGAGGAGUCGGACGAACAGACGACAUCUACAGUGGCGCUGCCGCUGCCGAAGCGACGGCGAGGAUCGGGGAGCAGCAUCCAGCUGCUGGCUCGUCGGCGACGCAACCGCCACGAACUCGAGACGAUUCUGAGCGAGGACGGAAGACGGGAGUCGUCAGAUGCGGACCUCGACGAAGUACAGACGAGUCGACACGAAGUACGGCCCUCGCUAGCUGUUCGACGUGGCAUUGUAGACAUGUCACUGAGCGGAGGCGGCGAGAGGAUGUGCACAGUCGUCCACGAUAGUCGACCUGGCCGGCUGGCGCCCUUCCGGCAGAACAGUCUGCAGCAGCUGCCGAUGCAGUCCAAGACGCCAUCACCGAGCGCUUCGCUUGCCCGCAGGAGCUACGGCUUUGGCAACAUCGGCAACGGUGGCACUGGGCUGACACCACUGACAAUGGGCGACAGCUGGGACGGACAGUACUGUGAUGUCAGCAGCAGUCCGGAAACAAAUACGGACAAGCAGGACGAGGACUCCGAUGACGAAGAAGACGACGACGAGGAAGACGACGACGAGAGCGAGGUUGAUUCAUAA